AUGAAUCCUCAAAAAUCCUUACUUAUCUAAUCUAUCAUCCUCAUUUAACAUUUAAUUCAGAAUGCUGAAGCUAAUAUAGAUUAAAAUUCCUGUAAAGAUGUUAUUUUAAGAAAAAAUGAAUUCUAUUGUGAAAUCGACAAUGUUAAUUCCUUUUUUACAAUUAAAAAUACUGAUAAUUUAACGAACACAGAUACCUAUUAGGUUGAACAAGAUUUAAUUUAAGUUUAAAGUGCACCCUAAUUAAUUUCAAAGGAUGAAAUAUUCCUUAUGAUAAAAUUCCGAGAACUUACGGAUCAAAAUGAGCUUUGUUCUUUAAUAUACAACACUCAACUAAAGACUUAUUCAAUAAAUUGUAUUUCAACCUAACCAACUUAUAUUAUUGAUAAUAAGUUUUAGUUUAACGUUAAUACAAAAUUUAGUUUAGAAAUAUAAAAAACAUAAAACUUUAACUGUUCUUAAUUCGAUUAUUAUUAGGAAGGUUUUAUUAUAUUUUGCUAUUCCUUUCAUUAAAUUAAACUUUUUUCACUAUAAAAAGAAUAGAAUAUCAUACAACAAACUAAUAUAUUUGAAUCAGAAAAUCAGAAUUUAUAAUGUCUUUUACAAUUUUACUUAUUUCAAAACACUUUUUAUAUAGUUUAUAUAUAAUGUUUAGAUUGGAGAAUAUAAAUUUAUGAAAAUAAUGCUUUGAAAUAAGAGAUUGAUCGAAAUUUUUUAAAAGAGAAACAUAACAUUGAGGGAAAUCUACUAGACUUUAAAUAAUGCUAAACUUGUUUUAUUGUACUACUUUCAUCAGGUGGAUAUAUAUUUAAAUAUGAAACAGUAGAGAUACUGUUUGUUAAAGAAGAUCUAAAAAUUAAUUAAACCCUAAUUAUGUUUGAUCAACAUUGUAAUCCAAAAAUGAUAGUAAAGGAUUUACCCGACAAUAAGUAUAUAUUUUCCUUCCCCAAAAAGUAUCAAAACUUAACCUUUAAUACAAAAGAUUUACCUACCAAUAUCAUUUAAAUUUAGUCUCCCCCAAGCUUAUUCAUAUUGUAUGGAGAUUAUUUCACUCUUUAUGUAAAUAAUAUCCUUCAAUAAACUAUAAAAAGAAAAAUUUAGAAUUUGUUGCAACAUUCUAAUUAAAAAAUAUUUAUUGGAAUAGAAGAAGGGAAUUAAAUAAUAUUUUUAUUUAUUAAAAGUUAUAUUCCAUGUUUACCAUUUAAAAAUGAAAAUUACUAAUAGUCUGAAUACUACUAUUAAUUUGAAUAAAUUAAUAAAAUCCAUGCAAUAGACACUUCAUAUUUGAAUUGUUAUAAAACCAUUAUAAUCGAUGAUGAGAAUUAUGAAAAGAAAUAGGAAAAUGCUAUUUAGAUUAAUUUAAAAGAAACCUAUAUUUAUGCUGAAAGAACUAAUUAUGAAGAAUAGUUUGAGAUAUUCCUUAGCAGAUCAUUAAUUUUUUCAAUUAAACCUUAUAGAUUAACUUUAUCUUCCUCAUUAGAUAACAUAAAAUUUAAAUUAAGGAGCAAUGAAGCAAACUGCUAAUUUAAUCAUUAUUUAAAAAAUUAUUAAGGAAAAUUUAUUAUUAGAACUGAUAAUCAAUAGAUUUACUCUAUAAUUCUAUAAGGUUCUGAAGAUAAUCUUGUUGAAUAUAACUGUUAGGAAAAAACUAUCCGUAGGUAUUAAAAUGUAUCACCUUUGGAUGAAUAAAUAAUACUUAGAGAUGAAGAUUAAAUAGCUCUUUUCUUCUUAGAUUAAUCAAAACAUUGUCUUUAUAAAACUAUUUUAGAGAAUCGCAAUUUAGAUGAGAUGCCUAUGAAGAUUAUUUGUUUAGACACGUAAAUUGAAAGAGUAAUCAAUUUAAACUACAUUUUAUUAAAAGUGAAGGAUUAAAAUGUAUUCUACAAUUUACAAUUUGUUGCAAAUGAGAUACAUUUAAUCAAAGUCUUUCUACCUCAAUAAAUCACUUAAAAAUUUUAAGACAUUUAUCUCAUAAGGGAUGAUUAUUUUCUAAUCGUAUACAGUAACGAACUGCAUGUAUUAUUCAAGGAAACAAUUACAUAAAGAAUAAAUAUUAAUUGUAAAAUUUUAGGAAUUUUUUCUAGAAUUAAAAGUCUUUACCUUGUAAAUGUAAUUUUAUUAGAUAUCAUUAAAAAUGAAUUGCAAUUUUAUGAAUUGUAAUAAUUUGAGUUUCGUUUAACUAAAAGUUAUAAUUUAGAGUUAUAUGUCCCUAUUUAACCUUUUGAAUUUAAAAGUACAAAGCUUUUGUUAAUUAUUUCUUGCUAACAUAAAAUUAAUAAGAAAUUAUAUCUAUUAAUAUUCAACCCUGUAGCUCAACUAUCUUUUCAUUUACUGUAAUAAGUUAUUGAAAUAAAAAAUCAGUAUUUUUGGUUUUCUAAUCGCUAUUUAUUUUAUUUUGAUGUCAAAAACCAAUUGACUAUUGAAGAUGUGGAUUAUUUAGUUAUUGAAAUAGAGAAUGAAUAGUUUACAGAUAAAAUUAGCUAGGAUGUAAUACUGUAGUUGUAAGCGGAAUUAGAGGACAGUGAAAUUCCUCCAGUGAAGUAGGAUAUUGCUAUAACAAUGCUAAAUCCAAGUAUAAUGAAGCUAAUCAAUAAAAGCUCUCAUAUAUUUAUCGAAGAUACAAAUUAAGAGAUAAAUUUUAGAAAUAAUGUUUUAGGAAGAAUAGAUAAUAUAUUUUUGAAUAAUAAUGAAAAUUUUAAAUUAAGAAAUCCCCUUGAAGUUGAAAUCCUUAUGCAGUGUUCAUAUUGUUACAAUAAGUUUUGUUUUUAAGAAACUAAUUCUGGAAAUGUGACAUUCUUUAAAGUUGGAUAAUCCAAGAACUAUUAUUCAGCCUAUGAUUUGGAGCAUUUAAUUUAAAAUCUAGUAUUCAUAGAAGUGAUAGGUGAGAACUAAUUCUUAUUUAUUCAUUAAAAAGAUCAACUAUUUUUUUCAAUUUCAUUAAUGAUACUAAAAGAUCAAAUCUUUUAGGUUUAAAAAUAGAUUGACUUUAUUUUCACCAAUAUGUUAUAUGGCAUAAGAUUAGUGUAAAAUAUUUUGCUUAUUUCAAAUUAUUAUUUAGAGUAUAGAUUCUUGAUUGAUUAAAAUGACAUAAACCCAUUAAACUUUUCUAUUUUGAAUUAGGGCAGUUUAAUUGAGAAUAUCGAUUCUGAAACAUAUUUAGAAGCAAUGGUAAAUGGAAUGGAACAAAUUAUGCUAUUUAGAUUAUUUAAAAUUAUUAAUGCGUCGGUCUAAAUCCUUUAAGUAUUUGCAGUAUCUAUUUCGAAUUAUUAAAUUAAAGAUUUAAUUUAUGGAUAAGCACCUAAUUAAUCAUCAAAUUACUUAAGAUUACUAAAAUAGAAAUUAAAUUUUGACAACUAAUAACUUGAUUUAAGUAUAUUUUUUAUCGGCGUGAAAAAAAUUGCUUUGUUAUUUUAGAUUAAUCUUUAACUAAGGGAAUAGAAAUAUGAAAUAAAUAUUAGAAAGAUUUUAAGGUAUCCUGAAAGUGUUUAAAAUUGCAAAUUUAUUUUGAUAGAUUACGAGGAAAUGAUCCUUUAGUGUGACAUUACAAAUUAUUAUUAUGACAUGAAAACUACUGAGUAUCUCUAAGAUCCUAUUUAUUCAACAAAAAUCCUUUAACAAGUUGAGAUACUUAAUAGUACACAUUUUUUGUUUUACAAUUUUUUUUAACACAAUCAAUCUGUUGUAUUAUCUGCUGGGUAAAGAGGAGGAUAUGUAUUAUAAAAAUUAUCUUAAAAUAUUACAUUUCCGACCACUCUUGAAUUUAAAGUUAUUAGAACUAAUUAAAGUUACGCAGUUGAAAAUGAUUACUUGACUUCAGAGACAUUUUACCUUUAAGUUAAUCAAUAAGAAAUUUUAUAAAAUAAACUUUCUUAAUUAAGUUUCUUUAUCUUCCUUUUGAUAGUCUUAAUGCUUUUGGCUGCUAUUAUCUUUUAUUAUAAAAAAAAAUAAACUCAAAAAAAUGAGUUGGGGAGAGAAGUCUAUAAAGAAAUUUCGUUAUCUACGAUUAAAUUGGAAAAUUCAUAAAAAAUUUGA